GCGUGAAGUAGUAUCCUCGAAAUUGAGAGCAGCUCAUAGCCAGUCACUGCGACAUUUUGCUUGUCCAUGUUUUGACCCGAUCAACCUUUUUCAUCUUCCGCCAUACUCUGGCAGGCGGGACUUGAAGCGGACUUGCACAACUCGAAGCGCCGCUCAGAAUCUGAAUUCGACACCUGGUCGGUCGGUCGGUCACUAUCGUGCGGUAGCAACUCUUGCGCAGCGACGUUCAGCACGUUCCUGCUUGCAAGAUCUGUGAAAGGACAUUCCGUGCCGGAAGCGACGAAACUGAGAGAACUCGGAGAGCUUAUCCAGCGGCGACAGAUCGUUCCUCUGCCUGGCAAAGUCUCGACACAUAAUCUCACGCCAUAAAGAGCCACACAGAUUCACAUACGCGCCAAUCACAAGUCACACCCCCCCCUCAUCUAAUUUGCGUUCGAAUGGCUACUACCUCACCUAAACCUGCGCCUGCAUCCUCUACGGAUCAACCAUCCGCUGUAUAUCCCUAUCCUUUCCCGCCACCGGGGGCAUAUCCACCGCCAUUCUUCGCUUAUCCUCCUAUCGACCUUCCGAACACUCCCUCUUCCGACGCAGCGAAUGCGUCGGCCAGCGCCAGUGGCGCUACUACAACACUCAACCCCGCCAACGUCACUGCCUCUGCGUCGUAUAUGAUUCCGUAUCCUGCUCCUCCUGGUUUGUUCUACCCGUUUCCCCCGGGGUUCUCAGCAGCAUCAGCGGCAACGACCCCCGUCGCCCCGCCUCCAACCACAGCACGUUCGCCUGGACGCGCAAAGCGAAGUCAGGUCAAAAUGGCGUGCACCAACUGCGCUGCUGCGUGCAAGAGAUGCGACGACGAGCGGCCCUGCACCCGUUGUCAGAAGUACAAUCUGCAGGACUCCUGUAUCGAUGGGCAACGGAAAUCGCGCAUGCGGGGAGUCAAGCGAGGACCGUACAAGCGACGUCUGAAGGACUGUGAAAUCACGGCCGAUGCGUCUUCGACUGUUAACAGCAACAACAACGCAUAUACUCCACCCCCUGUGGAUGCGACGCCCCCACCUACCUCUAGCGAAUGGACACCGUCGACCACAGUGACACCUGCGGCGACUGUGACGAUUCCACCCGGUGCUGUGCUUGGGCCGUUCCCCCCGGCACCGGAAGGUUACGUAGCCCAUCCUGGAUUCUACCCGCCGAUGGGCAUCCUCCUCGCGCCGCCUCCUGGUGGGGAAGAGGGCGCGCCUCCGGUUCCGGUGCCGUACUUCUAUUCGUAUCCGCCAUUUGGGCUGUAUCCUCCGGGUAUGACUAUUGCCGCUACUCAGGCGGUGCCGGCCGCAAUGCCUGCCGAGAAGGAGACAGCGAAAGAAGAGAAAGGCGCAGGGAAGCCCAAAAGAAAGAAGCGAAAAGGCAACACGGGGAAAGCGACGUCGGAGCAUGUAGCUGAGUCAGAGACUGAGGUGGAUCGUUCUAUUUUCGCUGCUGAGGACGAAGAUCGAGAUGCCGACGGCGAUUUGGACCAAUAAUGAUAACGUUAAUUGCCGCACCUGCCAUGGCAUCGCAUGUGACCUCAGCCAUUAAGACUUUGUUGUGGUGUCAAACGGCUGCUGCGCUCGUCAUUCAUUGCUCCAGGUUUGGAUUAAUUUUAAUUUCUAGCAGCGGACGCACAUACAAACACACGCGCUGCAUG